AUGUCUGAUUCCGUCCCAAACCCCCCGUUCUAUAUACUUCUUGCCCACUCUUCUCUAUCCAAUACACCUACUGCAGCACUAUCGAACACACUGGGCCACCCGGCUAUACAGUAUCACUUUGCUGACGACUCUCCUGUGUCUCUUCUUCCGAGUCAUCCUGACGAACAUGUUCUGAUUCUCACCUACGGCGGCAACUCAUCAAAACCAACUGUUCAAAGUAUCUCUGAUAGACUAGCUGUUGUUGGACUGAGGCGUGAAGAGGCCCCUGGGGCUUCAGCGGAGGAUGAAACGGGAACGCGUAACAAUACUAUGUAUAUCAUUGAAACAACGGGCAACGACCACCCCAUGGCUGCUUCUCAUGGUGAUCGAAAGUCUGCACAUGAGGUUUUGGCCCAAUAUAAGCAGCGGAAUGCUAUCCUGCGAAAGGCACUUCAGUAUCCUGCCAACGAUCCACAAGAUACUAUUGCGUCUACCGAGACACCCAAUUUGGUCCCUGCAUCAUCAUCAUAG